AGUGCAUGAAGGGUCACUUUCCGGGACCUUCGGGCAGUGAUGAUGAUUACUGAUAAGUCACUUUUAAGUUGACAGACUCCUUGAAUAGCUUGACUUUCAGCUUCAUACGAACAUGAAAUAUUUCAUAUUAGCGGUGAUUGAGACUUUUAUAAACAUCUUUGUUCUUACUGUGUUUAUGGCGAUGUUCGCACCUCAAGCGCACUCUGUCAACGGAAACAACACCUGUGUUACACUGGAGUUUGCCGAUGGAAGGUUUAAAGACGACGCUACUGAAGUAAAUGAAGAUGGUUACGUCCACAUAAGCUUUGCGUUAACAGACAACUGUCAGCCCAGCAACGAAUUUAUCAGAGUAAAAGUAUCAACGAGAAGCAGAGAUCUCCCAAAGACUUUCUGUACCAUUGUAUUCCAAGAAAAUAUUUGCAAGAUUAGCGAUCAAUCACUAAAAUGUCAUUGUAUAAAAAAAGAAAAAUUCAUGUUUACUUCAAUCUCCACAAAGAUUAGUCUGGCGGACAAGGUAUUGAUAGAAUGGAACGACAAUCACACCAGCAAAGGAGAAACAAGUGUUUCUCUUUUCGUAAAUGGUUCGAAACCCGUCAUCCAUACUGACGAGAACAUAGUAACACCAGUCAUCAUCAGCAUUGGCUGCUGCAUUCUCGUGGCUGUCGUCUUUGUUGUUAUCGUCAUCAAGAGACAUGGAGAUUGCCGCCAUAAGAAACAGCAGGGACAAUCAUCAGAGGACAGGCAGAUGAUUCUAGGUAACAUUCCACCUGAUGUUACACCUACCAGUCCAGCAAACCUGACGAACAUCCCAACACAGACAAGUACCCAAACAGCUUCAGGACAUUCACUCAGACGUACUCGAACCCGAGGUGUUGCCAGACUUCAGGGACAUAAAGCCAUCCGGAGCCGAAUAGGCAUUCUUACCUUCACUGGACAACGAAAGCCUAACAACCAUGGAAUGACAGCCACCCAGAACCAAACCAUCCAGGAGCCAGUGUACGAUCGUGCCAUAACAUUUAGCCCCAUAAUACACAGAAGCCAAGGACAAUCAAACGAUCAGGCGACAACAUCCGGUCCAAGCGGCGCAACCAGAAGCGAAGAACAAGAAUAUGACCGUACCAUUACAUUUUGCCAAUCAGUAACAAGAAGUCAGGAACAAGCCAACGAACAGGUCUUAACACACUGCCAGAAGGUUACUACAAGCCAUCAAGAAGUAUACGAUCGGGCAGUAACAUUCACCCAAACAGUAACAAGAAGCCAAGACGAAAUUAAGAAACAUGUCGUCACAAACCAAAAGCCAGAAGAAAGUCUACAAGCAGGUCAUGGCAUUCAGCCAAAUAGUAACCAGAAUCCAACAGCAUGCUCACGAUCAUUGCAUCCACACAAACAGUAAUAAAAAACCAGUAACAGAUAAUGACCAUGCAAUAGCAUCCAGAAGAUCAGUAAUGAGACAUCAGUAACAAGUCUAUGAUCAUGCCAUAGCAUCCAGCCAAAACUGAAGUAGGAGCUGUGUACAGGUGUGCAAACAAACUGUCUACCAUCAAACCACACAGAUCCCCAAAGCCAGGGACCAGUGUACAGUCAAAAUGUUUUAUUCAGAGAAACAAAGAGUGAGAAAGUUUCAGACAUUCAAGAAAUGUAGACUGUUAAUCUUCUUCCAUUAUCUAGACAUAGUCACUCAAUUUCUCAUUGUCAAAGAUGUGUAACGAGAGCCUCUUAUUGAACAUUCAUUGUAAAAAUGUAUAUGAAUACAGUCAUACACUAACAUCUAUCGUAGAAUGACAACAUUCGUUCUUGUGUACAUUAUGAACUGAAAUGUGUUUAUUGAAAGUAAUCAGUGUACUAUAGUUGUGUAUAUAGCUGUUGUAUUAAAGACAAAACCUAAAUUAUUUACUAUCCUACUGAUGAUAACAGUAACAGUUUUGGAUAGCCUGCUAUGCUAGUAAAUGGAACUACAGUUUAAACAGUUGUUAGUAACAGUCUCUAGCAGUGCCAUGAGAUUAACUACCUUGACCACACAAAUACUAUGUACACAAAAUUCAGAAAUUUUUAGAUGCUUCUUUCAACAAGCUGUAUUUGAAAUUAAGCAAAUUAAA